GACUUUUGGUGCCGUGUUACUGGGUAGGUCAUUUAUUUGCAGGUUAUGCCAGACUUCUGGAGAUCUGUUAUAUGAAUGUGUCCAAUGAAUGGAAACAUGUUAAGCCAUGGUUUGGUUAACUAUGGAAAAAAUAGUUGGCUGAAUUCAGAUGUUAAGCCCAAACAAAUAAAUGGUUUAGCGUAUUUGCUGAAGGCAUCUCAGUUAACAAUAGUAUAACUUCAGAUAAAAAGGAAUACUUUUUUUAAUUACUGAAUAAUAGUUAACUAGUUAAUAAUAAACUAGUUAUUACUGAACUAGUCUGUUAUAUAAAUUAGUGAAUAUCUUGCCUAAUUUGAUUGUUACAGGAUUACUUUUUAAACAUUUUGAUGAGCAUUUUGACAUUUUUCUGAUUUCUUGAAUUAUAUGCAUAUUCUUGUUCAUUUGUGACUUCUGUAAGAUAUGAGUUAAUACAGAACUUGCAAUCUGUCUCUUUCGUAUUUUGGUCCUCAGUAUAUGAAGUGAAAGUUUUGCAUUGUUAGUGGGUUUGAGGCAGGUGUGGGUUCUACUUAUCUUUGCAAUCAGUUCGCAUCGUGCGUGCACUCUCUCUUCUACGCAUGCGCAGAUCACUUGGUGACGUUCGGGUCAGUGGGUGGAGCCUCCCGCCAGUUUUACUACCGGUUCUAUAGAACCGUUUUACUACCGGUUCUAUAGAACCGGUCCGAACUGUGGGCAACCCACCACUGGGUAAAAUGUUUAAACUUUACAAAUUCCUUGGGUCCUUUAUUCAUCCCUUAAACUCUUUGAAAUUUUCUUUCCAAAUAGCCCCCCAGCCACAUUCAUUUGGUAAUGGGGCUUAUUAUAUACCACAUAAAGUCUGGGGUGGGGUUUUGAGUUUAUGAAAGUUGCAUGGCCCUGUUUUAAAUAGGGAUGCUCAGACCAAACUGCAAGGAUCACAGUCGUGAACACCUCCAAAAUCUAAUUUUUAAUGUGACCAGAAAAGGAAAAUUAUCAAAUAUCUAGAAAAUAAUCAUUUUAUUUAGCAAAUUUAGUUUUAUUUAGCAUUUUGUUUUUGUUUUAGCUACAGUCAUUAAAACCUUCAUUCUGUGCCACUAAGAGGUUACUGGCCCCUGCCUUCUGCCCCAGAUAAAGCACAUAACCCUGGCAAUAGACUGUGUAUCUUCCACAAGUGGAAUUUUUUCCACACUAGACACAGUUUGAAAUAUAACUGUAUGAUGAGAGGAACAAACCCCUCUAUGUAAAUUUUAAGUCUGGUUUUGUUUAUGUGAAGGUAUAUAUUUUGGAACAACUUAUUACUCCAGGAAUUCCAGGGUACUGAAUUAAGAGUGCCUUCUUAUUUCAUAAAGCUUUGAAGAAAGUUCGACAUUUAGUGAAAUUGCUAACGUAGCAAUUACACACCAGAUGUAAUGAUACCUGUAGUUGGAAUUGUUCUGAUUGUUUUAGGACUUUUGUUUAAUAUGAUCAACAGCAAGAUUGAAAAAUCCAUAAGACUAUUUUCUACUAAGCAAUUUAGGCAGUUCAAAAACGUCUUUCAGAAAGUAUCUACUGAGGCAAAAUUAGAAUAUUUCUCUGAUAAUAUAUACUGCUGAUAGAAUUAAAGAGAAACUUUGACAGAAUAAUAUGAAGGUAAAUGUAUAUCUAUCUAUCUAUCUAUCUAUCUAUCUAUCUAUCUAUCUAUCUAUCUAUCUAUCUAUCUAUCUAUCUAUCUAUCUUCCUGUGCUGGGUAGUAUGCCACCACACUUAAAUUCUGAAUUUAGUUGAAAUAAAUGCUAUUGAACUCUGAUGAGAAUUGAAUAUAGACUUCAGCUGCAGUGCUAACAUGGGCAACAUUUAUUUCACAGAAAUCUGGUAUACAAUGAAGGAAAGUUCUGUUACCAUGAGUUCUUCAGCUACAAAUCCCAAGAUUCUAUAUAGGAAUUCUCGUCUACUCCGUAUGGUGUUCUUACAACUCCAUCGCCAACAAAGGGCUGACUUAUUUUGUGAUGUUGUCCUACAAGCAGAAGGCGAAGCUGUUCCAGCUCAUUGUUGCAUCCUGUCGGCCUGCAGCCCCUUCUUCACAGAGCAGUUGGAGCGAGAAAUGCCCCCCAAGGGACACAAGGUGGUGCUGGAAAUUCGGGGGCUGAAAAUUGGGACAUUGCGUAAAUUGGUAGAUUUCCUCUAUACAUCUGAAAUGGAGGUGUCCCGGGAAGAAGCUCAAGAUAUUCUUGCAGCUGCACGACAGCUUCAGGUGUCAGAACUUGAUUCUUUACAGUUAGAGGGAGGAAAGUUAGUAAAAAAAAACCUGGACCGGCGAUUAAAUAGGAAUUGUUUGCAGAUAACCAGUCCAAUGACCAGAUCAGAGACAAGUUUAAUUCAUUCUUCUGCUCCCUCUGGAGGUAGCUUGACAUCCUGGGUAACUGCAGGGAAGCAAGCAACACCCAACAGUAAUUUUAUACCAUGCUCCAACGAAAUAAGUAGCCACAACAGUACUGAUCAGAAGGACUUAAAACAAAAGCUUACUACAGCAUUGCUGAGUAGUGACAAACAGAUUUCAAACAGCGAAACAAUUACUGCUGAUCCCCUGAAAACAAAAGUUAAAAAAUGCCCUCCAGGCACAAUAAGGAAUAUAAUGGGCAGCGAUGAGAAUGGUAAUCUGCACAGAAAGGAGACUGAAGCUGAAGAUACACACACUAGAGCCAGUUUGCAGAAUUCAAAAAAGAUAAAGCUCAGCCGUCCAAAACUUUCCUUGCCACCUCUGUCUACAUCUUGUGCCACCAAAGACCCUUGCACUGUGACACCCAGCAAAUUGCCAAAGUCUGUUAAACGUCUCUGGAGACAAAAAUGUCCUGUCAAGGAGGAGACGAAAAAAGAAAAUAAUAACCAUUUUUGUGGCUUCAGAAGCCCCCCUCUUCUUCCUAAAUCUAAAGGCAGAAAGCGCACCUCCAGUGAUCCAGCAUCCUACUCAAACUUUCCCCAAGAAAUAGGUCACAUAGGCCGGGUAAAGCUCAGAAAAGUUAUCAAUGGCAGCUGCUGGGAAGUGGUGCAUGAAUCGCCUGCAGUGCAGCCAACAGUGGUGGAAAACGGUGUGCAUACUUUGAAAGAUGUGGGCUCCCAAUCUCAACUGACACAUCCUAAACUAGAAGGAGAUAAUGUGCAGCAGUUGGCCCGGUCUCCUAAACUGCUGCCUGCAACUGCUGAGGCUGCACCGGGUCCUGAAAAGAGUGUGAUAAAACAGCAGCCAGAACUACCCGAGAAGAAGGUGGCCUUGGAUGAAGGAGCUGAUGCUGCUGGGAAUCAUUAUGACAUGGAGGCAUUUGUGCUGGAUCAUCUGGUCAAGAGCGAGCAGUACGAUAAGCUUGCUUCAGCUGGAGAGUUGGAGCAAAUGCUAGACUUGCUGCUAUCUGAUGAGGAUGCCACUGGGGGAACCCAGAGCACCAGUAUUACACAAAGCCUGUGUUCUUCACCCCAGGCAAAUGAGAAUGUCCUGGGAAAUGUUGGAAUUGAAGAAAAAGAGAGAUGUUGUACAGUAGGUCCACAGUUGGACAAGAUAAAAAUUAGUGAAGCUGGUGACUCAACAGAUGGGAGUUCUUUGCUGGACCCUGUCCUUAACGGUCUUCCUCUUGUAACACCUGAGCCUAAUGGUGACUGCCUUUCCUCGUCCAGGUCAGCCUCUCCCCAGUUGGGGGAAUGGGCAACAGCUCAAUGUCAGCUGUCUGAAUCCACAAAUGGGACUGCAAAAUUUGCUGACCCUUUGUCUGUCACUUGGACGGGUGAUGAGAACCAAGGACCUUGGGAAUGGGAUAUGGGAAUCUCAGAUACAGAAACAAAGUCACUUACUGAAGCUGUUUUGAACAACCCUGUGCAGCACAACGUGGACUGCAAGCUGCCAUCUUUCUUACCCAGCCUAGAAGAAGAAACCAUAGACAUCGGUGGGAUAGAGGACUUCUUUCUUAAUAUUGAAUGUGUCCGGCCAGAUCUGUCUCCUAUAUCUGAAACUGAGGUGGAUAUUCUGAACUAG